AUGGCGCUGCUGAGGGUGGCGCUGGUCGGUGUCGCUUGGCAGCUUAGCAGCAGCGCCGUGCUCCGGAGCUCACGAGGUGAAGACCAGCUUCAGCGCGACGCGAAGGCAUUCGCUGCGAAGGUGGUCAUCGCUCCGAAGCCCACGGAGCUGGCCGAGGGAUCCCUCCGAGCUGGAGAGACCUGCUUCGACACCAUCGCAGACUGGAAGGAUGUGCAAGGAGACUCGUGCCAGUCCUAUCACGACAACCAGUAUUGUGAUCGCAAGAACGGAGUCUUCUUCGGUACGAAGACCGCCAUGAUGUUGUACCACGCUGGCCCGGACUCUCCGGCUCAGGUGUGCUGCCACUGUGGUGGCGGGGUCAUCAAGGAGUGCGACGAGAUGUGCCGCUUGCUGAAGAAGCACGAAGCAAGUGAAAUUGAAUCCAAAUUCGAUGCCAUGCGAGACGCUGCAGGCGAUGCCGUCACGGAGGCUGGGGCCGCGUCCAUGGCUUCGAUGGUCAAGCAGAUGAACGCAAGCAUGGAGGACGCUCUGGAGCGCCUUCAUGCACACAGCUCCAAGAUGCUGAAGGAGGAGCUUGCAGCGGAGGAGUCCUCUUUCGAGCGGAUGGCUGCGAGCUCCGCCUUGCACCUGGGGGGGGUCUUGUCGCCCAAGGCUGCCACGGCCGAAACGGACAUCUCUGCCAAGCUGGGCAUCAAGGAGUUGCGCCCAAAGCUGCUUCUGCGUACUCUUACUGUUAAAGCUGAGGGCGAGGAGCCCAGCGAGGGCACCGCGCGCUUGAUCGAGGUCGAGGUUUCCCUGAUGAGCGGCGAUACGCUCAAAGAUUUGUCCGUGCCCGACACCUGUCUGAUCAGUGAGCUGAAGCUGCGGCUCGAGCAGCGUGAGGGCAUCCCUCACCAGCAGCUCCAACUCUUGCUCCCAGGUGUGUUUCAGAACCUCGAGGACCAGCAGACCGUGAAAGACUGCGAUGUCAGCGGCGGAAGGCUGCAACUGAUCCUUGUGCGGAAUUCGAGCUUCUUUCCAUCAAAGACCUUCACGGGCUCCAAGGAGGGCUACAUCUUCACCAGCCGCGACCAGGGUGUGGGUUACUACAUCGACUCGUACGAGGAGGGGAUGGGGCGUGGCGCCAGCGACCCCUGGGAUGGUCUCUGGGAAGACCCCCUUGAUCGUGGCACCGGCACGACCACGACCAUCAUCAUCGAGAGGGGCACGGUCUUCUGGGGCGCCAUUGCCGACUCACGCGUGUCCACCAUCGUGGAGAAGUCAGAGAACCAGUUUACGGUGCAGUCGAAAUCGGUUCGGUUUCGUGCCACCCUCGCUGGCCCUGACGACCUGCGAUUUGAUGGGGAGGUGCGCGGUGUCGGAGGAAGCAUCGUUGAGAGAUAUACUCGUGUACGUUGA